ACGGCUUGGGGAUAAAAUUGAUUGGUGUGUCAGCAAAAUCUGUCAUUGGCUUUGGCGAUUCAAAAGGCAGACACGUUCUCUCAUCUCUGCUAAUCCUCAUCUGAUACAGCGGAUUUUCCAGCCACUAUAUCUCCAGAAAAAAACAAAGCAAGCAGUCAAACCUGCACGCACAGUCGUCUGUGUGCCCCCUGCUCCAGCCUUUAUUUCCUAUUGCAACAUUUCCUGGGCUAUGGAGGGGCUGGGGGCGCUGGGGGCAGCCCCCCAGGAUGGUAGGGAUCCUACAGCUCAAUGGUUCUGAGCCACCUGGUGUGAGGAAGGCCAAGGGAUGCUGAUCCUGCUUCUUCAUGUGGUGGUCUUCGGCCUGCCCUGCACCGGGGCCACCGAGGCCUGUUUGCAGGUCUGCCCUGCGGCCUGCACGUGCAGCAGCAUGGAGCAUGGCUGCUCCGUGCAUUGUGACCGUGCUGGCCUCCUGCGGGUGCCCACUGAGUUUCCGUGCGAGGCGGUCUCCAUCGACCUGGACCGGAAUGGCCUGCGCAUCCUGGGCGAGCGGGCCUUCGGCACGCUACCGUCAUUACGCCGCCUGUCGUUGCGCCACAACAACCUGUCCUUCAUCACGCCUGGCGCCUUCAAGGGUCUACCGCGCUUGGCCGAGCUGCGCCUGGCGCACAAUGGUGAGCUGCGAUAUCUGCACGCCCGAACCUUCGCGGCGCUCGGUCACCUGCGCCGCCUGGACCUGGCGGCCUGCCGCCUGUUCAGCGUGCCCGAGCGUCUCCUGGCCGAGCUGCCCGCCCUGCGCGAGCUUAUGGCCUUCGACAAUCUGUUCCGUCGCGUGCCCGGCGCGCUCCGCGGCCUGGCUAACCUGACGCACGCGCACUUUGAGCGCAGCCGCAUUGAGGCGGUGGCCUCCAGCUCGUUGCGGGGCUUGAGGCACCUGCGCUCUCUCAGCCUGCAGGCCAACCGUGUGCGAGCAGUGCACGCCGGGGCCUUCAGUGACUGCGGAGCCCUAGAGCAUCUGCUGCUCAAUGACAACCUGCUGGCCGCGCUGCCUGCCGCUGCCUUCCUAGGCCUGCGCCGCCUGCGCACACUCAAUCUGGGUGGCAACGAGCUGGGUCGAGUGGCACGGGCCUGGUUCUCUGACCUGGCAGAGCUCGAGCUGCUUUACCUGGACCGCAACAGCAUCACUUUUGUGGAGGAAGGCGCCUUCCAGAACCUUUCGGGCCUCCUGGCCCUGCAUCUCAAUGGCAACCGCCUCACCGUGCUCUCCUGGACCGCUUUCCAGCAAGGCUUCUUUCUGGGCCGCCUCUUCCUCUUCCGCAACCCUUGGCGUUGUGACUGCCAUCUGGAGUGGCUGCGCGAUUGGAUGAAGGGCUCUGGGCGUGUGGCUGAUGUGGCAUGCGCCUCCCCAGGUUCUGUGGCUGGCCUGGACCUCAGCCAGGUGGUCUUUGAACACUCCUCUGAUGGCUUGUGUAUGGACCCUGAGGAGCUGAACUUAACCACAUCCAGCCCAGGCCCCAGUCCAGAGCCAAUGGCCACCACUGUGAGCAGGUUCAGCAGCCUCCUCUCCAAGCUGCUGGCCCCAAGGGCCCCGGUGGAGGAAGUAGCCAACACCACCUGGGAGCUGGUCAACGGCUCACUGUAUGACAGCCUUCCCUCUCUUGGAGUGGAGGUCUUGGGCUGCAAGGCCAUGUUUCUCUUCGUCUCUUGCCUCUUGCUAACCCUAGCACAGUCUGUAGUGUUCAGCCUACAGAGGGACUGACUGCCACACUGAAGUGACCCAAACCGCUUUGGUCAACAGGGGAAGGCUUACUUGGCUAUGAUUUGAAGUGUCUGUAGUGAGAAGAGAGGAAAGAGGAUUGGGGUUGGUGACAAAAGUUCUUGCUUCAAAGAUAGCCCUAGGCAGCGGAGCACUCUGGGAAAUGGCACCGAAGUGGGUAUACAUUUCUGCUUCUCUCACAUGAGCAUCCAUUGAAGAAAAGAAGAAUGAGCAUGCUCUCUUGGGUGGGUAGGUGAGGAAUGGAAACUCCCGGGACUCCCACCCUUCCACCUCCAGGCAACAAUACCCACGAGCCCUAAAUUAAAGCAGGACUUGAUCGGCUAAGUCCUAAGAACUGUGUCAUCUCUUCUGCUUCAGUAGCCCACUAAACCCAGUCCUUAUCUUUUCUACCAUAUCCCUCCUUCUGCUCCUAGGGGCUUAGGAACAACAAGGUUCAGGAAGGCAGACAGGCCAUUAGAGAAGGGGCCUGGGAAAGAGACUGAGAUCCAAAGCAGGCAGUGGUUGCUGAGGUUUGAGGUGUGUGUUAAGAGGAAUGGAAAACGUCUUUUAUACCACAAUUGAUCCCUUAGUAUAGGCAGUGUCAGGCCUACAGUAAGGUGUGUUUGUGGACCACAUUUAUAAAAUGCUAAAAUUAAAGUUAGACCAGUUUCUCUAAUGUAAGACUUUUCAGUCUUUGAAAUGCUAUUGUGAACUUCCAAUGUAUUGUGGACUUUCAAGGAAGCACAAAUCCUCUUUUCUGGUUCUCCUAGCCACCUGCCUUCUCAUCUCCCUCAAGAAACAGCUGCCUGAGGUCUCCAGGAUGACAAUAAACGGGAUGCCUCUCCA